UACCACAAGAGAUAAAUAGUAAAUACAUAUUUGGUAGAGCAUUGUGUUGCGGCUAGGAGGGGGAGAAAGGACGGGAGGGGAUUUCCAAUCUCGUGUCAUGGCAAUUGGCGGCAUUUGCGUAGAGGCGCCUCUAGCUAGGUUUAGGGUUUAUGGAGGGGAGCGUGCUGCCGCUGCUGCUCGGCUCGGGCGCUCGGCGUUCGCCGGGGCGCGGAUUGCGCCCGGGAGGAGGCAGUUGCAUUGCAUUCGGGCGGCGAGGGGAAUUGGAAUCACGGCGGAGCUGAAGAAGGCCGUGGCUGUGCUCAAGGGCUCCGUGGAUGGAGUCGUGAAUUUGGAACAGGAUGGAGACGGCCCAACGACUGUGAAGGUGAAAAUUUCUGGGCUAACUCCUGGCAAGCAUGGGUUUCACUUGCAUGAAUUCGGGGACACGACUAAUGGCUGCCUAUCUACGGGCGCGCAUUUCAAUCCCGAGAACAAGACGCACGGUGGACCGAAUGACUCGGUCAGGCAUGCUGGAGAUCUCGGAAACGUUGUAGCGGAUGACAAAGGCAAUGUGGACGAAGUUAUCGUCGAUUCCCAGAUCCCGCUUUCGGGUGUAAACUCGGUCAUUGGAAGAGCUCUAGUGAUUCACGAGCUGGAGGAUGACCUCGGGAAAGGUGGACACGAACUCAGUCCGACAACUGGUAACGCAGGAGGUCGACUCGCUUGCGGUGUUGUGGGUCUAACUCCCUGAAAGAGAGAGCGAAAGAGAGAGGGGGAGAAUGAGAGAUCACCAGUCUCUCGUGGCUUGUGCCUCGUUCUCCCUCCUCGAGAGUGAUAUAUCCUCUCCCUCUGCUGGCCGCGCUUCUGGCAAUUCGAAUAAAGUGGUAACACCUUGAGAGAGA